ACCUGCCUCGCUCCGUGGCCCGCCCGAGAAGAGCCUCCGCCGACGGACGCGGCUGCGCUGAGGGCGGGGUGGCGCUGAAGGGGCCCGGGCGCUGAGGAGGAGGAGCGAAAAGGAGAGAUGUUGCUGUGGAAGAACUAAGCUUUCCAGAUUGAUAUGAAGAACUUUACAUGAUGAAUAAAAUAAAAAUGGCAUCAGAAAAAAGUCUAACAAACAAUUCUCGGAUUCUGGGUUUGCUGUCGCAACUGGAAAAAAUCAACACAGAAUGUUUGGUGGAAGCAGACACUACCAGAUAUGUUACAUCAAAAAUUCUCCACCUGGCUCAGAGUCAAGAAAAAAUCAGGAAGGAAAUGACUGCAAAAGGUUCAACUGGAAUAGAAGUUAUUCUAUCAACUUUAGAGAAUACCCGAGAUCUUCAGACUACGCUAAAUAUCUUGAACAUCCUAAAUGAACUGGUGGCAGCAGGCAGUAGCAGAAGAACAAGUGUUCUUGUUUCUAGAGGAGGGACACAGAUUUUACUGCAAUUGCUUGUGAAUGUCAGCAAAGAAUCCCCUCUAAAUGAAGAAUUAAUGGUGCUGCUUCAUUCUCUUCUUGCAAAAAUUGGCCCAAAAGAUAAAAAAUUCGGAGUAAAAGCCAGAGUUAAUGGUGCUUUAAAUAUAACUCUUAACCUAGUGAAACAGAACUUGCAGAAUCAAAGGUUAAUAUUACCUUGUCUCCAAGUUUUACGAGUCUACUCAACUAACUCUGUAAAUGCUGUAUCCUUGGGCAGGAAUGGACUCGUGGAAUUGAUAUUUAAGAUAAUUGGUCCUUUUAGCAAAAAGAACACCAGUCUUAUGAAAGUUGCUUUAGACACCCUUGCUGCAUUGCUUAAAUCAAAAACAAAUGCAAGGAAAGCCGUAGACAGAGGCUAUGUCCAAAUGCUCUUGACAAUUUACGUCGACUGGCAUCGCCACGAUAGUCGGCAUAGACACAUGUUGAUCCGCAAGGGCAUCUUGCAGUCUAUAAAGAGCAUUACGAACAUCAAGUUGGGAAGGAAAGCAUUCAUUGAUGUCAAUGGGAUGAAAAUUCUGUACAACACUUCACAAGAAUGCCUUGCAGUAAGGACGCUUGAUCCGCUGGUCAACACAUCCAGUCUAAUCAUGAGAAAAUGUUAUCCUAAAAACCGUCUUCCACUGCCAACCAUUAAAAGUGCUUUCCAUUUCCAACUACCUGUCAUCCCUGUUAAUGGUCCAGUGUAUCAGCUGUAUAGUUUGCCUCCUGAAGUGGAUGACGUAGUAGAUGAAAGUGAUGACAAUGAUGACGCCGAAACAGAGUCCGAGAUUGAAAAUGAUAAUGAAGAUGAUAUAGAUUUUAAGAAUGAUGACAUAGAGACUGAUAUCAACAAACUGAAACCAAAGCAGGAAUUGGGGCGAUCAGUGGAAGAUCUGAAAAUGUAUGAACAGUUCUUCCCAGAACUUAUAGAGGACUUUCAGGAGUGUGACUUAGUUUCCAAGGAACCAAAGCCUUUUUCACCCAAUGUAACUCUAGGAGGGCCUAUUGUUGUCCCUACCGCUGGAGAGGAGCCAUCUCCAGCACACCCUGCAACAGAAAUUCCUGCGAAGGAGGGUGCUCCUCUACAAACAGAGGACUGUAACAAAAGACCCAUCUUUUUGGGUCUGGUAAACCGUGAUAGCAACACGGACAAUAGCUUACAGAAUCAAAGCGAUCGCAAGAAAUUGUUCUCAUCAUGCCAGUGCCUAAACCAUGAAAUAGUUAGAGACUUUGACAGAAUUUCGUUGCAAAACGCUUCCAAAAAUGAGCACUCUUAUAGUACAAGGGCCAUGACCAAAAAAGAGUGUAAAACCAGCCUCAGUGAAGUUGCCUGUAAUAAACCUUUUCAACACGCUUCAUCCUGCGGAAGUGUGUUGUUUGAAGGACGGUCUGUCCAGCUGGGCAAGCUGUGCUGUUCUGGAGCAGAGCCUGAAGAGGAGGAAAUUUCCUGCUCCAUUUCUCUGGGAGAGCAAGUGAUGCUGGAGGCGCCUGAUAAGCUACAACUCCACGACCCAGAACUUUAUAUUGAGGUAGUGAAAAAUACGAAGUCUGUUCCUGAAUAUUCAGAAGUGGCUUAUCCUGAUUAUUUUGGACACUUUCCACCUCCGUUUAAAGAGCCUAUUCUUGAAAGGCCUUACGGCGUGCAGAGGAAGAAGAGAAUGGCUGGCAGUCACAUGCGAACUCUGAUGACAAAAAUCGCCCAAGAUAUUGAAAGGCUGAUUCAUCCUAAUGAUAUCAUAGACAGAGUUGUGUAUGACCUUGAUAAUCCCAGCUGUCCAGUGCCAGAUGAAGGAGACGUCCUGAAAUUUAACUCCAAAUUUGAAUCGGGAAAUUUACGCAAAGUUAUUCAGAUCAGAAAAAACGAGUAUGAUCUCAUUCUGAACUCUGACAUAAACAGCAAUCAUUAUCACCAGUGGUUUUACUUCGAAGCCAGCGGAAUGCGAGCAGGUGUUGCCUACCGAUUUAAUAUAAUCAACUGUGAAAAGACAAAUAGUCAGUUUAAUUAUGGUAUGCAGCCCCUUAUGUACUCUGUUCAAGAUGCACUAAAUGGCAGACCCUGGUGGACUCGUGUAGGAACUGAUAUUUGUUACUACAAGAAUCACUUUUCAAGAAGUUCCAUUGCAGCCGGUGGCCAGAAGGGAAAAUCCUACUACACAAUUACCUUCACUGUCAGUUUCCAGCAUAAGGAUGAUGUUUGUUACUUUGCUUACCAUUACCCAUAUACUUACUCAGCUUUAAUGAUGCAUCUCAAAAAACUGGACUCCACACACAAUCCUCAACAGAUAUAUUUUCGACAAGACGUUUUGUGUGAGACUCUCUCUGGAAACAGCUGUCCCAUAGUAACUAUAACAGCCAUGCCGGAGUCAGAUUACUAUGAACAUAUCUGUCAGUUCAGAAACCGUCCUUAUAUUUUCUUAUGUGCUCGUGUUCAUCCUGGAGAGACUAACGCAAGCUGGGUUAUGAAGGGAACUUUGGAAUAUCUCAUGAGUAAUACUCCUGCUGCCCAAAGUUUACGAGAAUCCUAUAUUUUUAAAAUUGUACCAAUGCUUAAUCCUGAUGGGGUCAUUAAUGGAAAUCAUCGCUGUUCUUUAAGCGGAGAGGACUUGAACAGACAAUGGCAAAACCCCAACCUAGAUCUGCACCCCACCAUUUAUCAUGCCAAAGGCCUGCUGCAGUAUUUGGCUACCAUAAAACGUUUGCCCCUGGUUUUUUGUGAUUAUCAUGGUCAUUCUCGCAAGAAAAACGUGUUUAUGUAUGGCUGCAGCAUCAAGGAGACCAUGUGGCACACUAAUCUUAGUGCUGCUUCUUGUGAUGUGGUUGAAGACCUUGGCUAUAGGACCCUUCCAAAGAUUCUGAGUCAGACAGCACCAGCAUUCUGCAUGAGCAGCUGCAGUUUUGUGGUAGAAAAGUCCAAGGAAUCUACGGCACGUGUAGUUGUUUGGAGAGAAAUAGGCGUUCAGAGGAGUUACACCAUGGAAAGCACAUUAUGUGGAUGUGACCAGGGGAAGUACAAGGGCUUACAGAUUGGGACACGUGAACUCGAAGAGAUGGGAGCCAAGUUCUGUUCUGGUUUAUUGCGUUUGAAAAGGUUGACAUCACCACUAGAAUACAACCUGCCAUCUACGCUCUUUGACAUUGAAAAUGAAUUGAUUGAAUCCAAUUGUAAAGUGACAAGCCCCACUACAUAUGUUCUGGAAGAAGACGAACCUCGCUUUCUUGAAGAAGUGGAUUAUAGUGCAGAGAGCAAUGAUGAGCCAGAUGUUGAGUUGGCCAAUAAUGCUGGUGACUAUGAGCCCAGUCUCCAAGAAGAAGGACAUUCUGACUCUGAAAUUACAAGGACGCAUUUGCCUUGAGACAUCCUUGGAGCGCAAAGAAGAAAUUAAAUACUCUCGAUUGAUUAUGGAAGAUGGACACGGAGGGGUAUUUAAUCCUGAGAUUUUGCUCGAGCAAAUUAACUGCAGUCAGUCCAGUUCAAAAACAAUAAAUGUCUCUGGCUUUUAAA